AUGAACUGCGAUCGAUACCGAGAGCAAGCGAGCAACGUCUGGCAAUACUUGGGAAUGUUAAAUCAAAUAACUUUCUCAGUGCUCACCGUGUUUUCCAGCAUUCGAUUAUACAGAUUCUCAACAAAGACUUCCUACUUUCAUCCGAACUUCAAGGUGAGAGAAUACUUUUUCUCCAUAAGUUUCGUUCAAAACCAUUUACUAAAAAAAUUACUGAAAAAAAAAAACUAAAAAAUUCAACUUCCAAGUCGCUCACGGCUUUUUCCCACGUUCUAAGAGAUGUUAUAUUGAUGAAAUUCCAGAAAAAAAAGAAAUGAUCAUGCAAUGAAUUUUUUAAUAAUAAUGAUAAAAAAAUCGUUUUAUUAAGAUUCCCUGUUAGGACUGAGGGUUAGGCUUAUCAAUUUGUAUCAUUCAAAAAGCAAUGAUUUUAUUUUUCUGCAUGAAAAUUGAUAACCGGCCAUAGAUGCGAAUGACAAUUUUUUUAAAUGUAAAUCUGUUGUUACAAUUUUUAUACGAAAAACACCAGACUCUGAUUUCUAACCGCCAGCCCAAUAAAGACUUUUUAAGUUUAAAAAUCGAAAAUAUCUAUUGCAGAUUUUCGUUGACUCCAUGGUUGUUGCCAACAUCAUUCACUCUAUCUUCAUUAUCGCCUUACUAGUGAGAAAUCGAUAGCGAAGGAAAAAUAUCAACGUUUUAAGGUUGGCCAUGCAAUAGCUUGGAAAGUACUGGACCCAUGCGACGUCUUGGUUCCGGCCCAGCUUUGCCUCAGUUUCCGUGGUCCAAUUCUUAUCACCUAUAUGUGAGCAUUCGUCGUCUAAUAAAACGAUUUAUGCUAUCUUCUGUAUAAAAAAUAUCAGUUGGAACUUACCCGGGAAUGUUCUCUGGUCGCAGUGGGGCUUCUGAAUGAUAGCUAGUUUACUAGAUGUAUUUUUUUUCCUGCUGAUUACAAAUCUGGUCUCAAAAAAAAGCUUCUCAGAUUGAGCUUGUUUUUGAAACGUAUUCAGAUCUCGUUCCUCUGGUACCAGAAAACUACCUGUUUAAAAAACUACAUCUAGAAAACUUGGUCUCAUUCAGAAAUCCCCUUGCGACCAGAGACCAUUCCCUGGUUAGUUGAUAAAUCGCAGUAGUUCAACAUUUUGUUUAAAAAUUUCUCCGUUCCUUCUAAAUGCUUAUUUUGCAGCUUGAAUUCGCUACUUUUAUUCGGAAUGAGCAUCGAAAGGUCGAUGGCGACGUUUCAACCUGAUACCUACGCCAAACACUCAACCAACAAAGCUUGCAUGAUCAUAGCUGUACUGGUAAGCUAAUAAUCUCAAUCGAUUUAAAAAUUUCUCAUUUUGCCGGCGUCAGACAUUUUUCACUAAAUUUUUCAUUACUUUCUCACUCUAACACGCAAGGUGAACCAUUUUUGCCACUGUUUACCAGAUAAAUUAGGCCAUGCUAAAACUUUGUUCCGUUUUUGUUCAGAAAACUCUGGAACUGUACACUUCGGAUUUAUGAAGAGUUUUUUCUAAUGUAUCGAUGAAUACUUGAUUUGAAAACAUGGGUAUGAUUAUCUCGAACUCCCAGCCGACCCGUGAUGCAGACUUUAGAAGGUUUCCUAGCCAAAAUAUCUUCAAGUUUUCAGAUCUUCGCUUCCCUGACUUUGGCCUGGUUUUCGAUGAAGAACUACGACUUCAAAUAUAUGUUCCUCUACUGCUCAAGCGUCACCCCCAGCACGGUCGACGACGUCUCCACUCUUUCUAUCAUCCUGGGAUCAUUGGAAAUGUUUGCCCUUGUCUACACAGCUGUCUUGAAGAAAAUAAAUGGCGUUUUGAUCAAAAAGUUCGCGUCUUUUCUUUUUUCAUUUUAUCUCUGAAAAUUUAGGUAUCGCUACGAAAAUCUACUGAGAACAGGUCAGCUAAUGGAGAAUUUGGAAGUUUUCCGACUUCUGGUGCCGUCAUUUGUUUUCCACUUGAUUUUCUUUACGAGUUUCAACGUCUUAGCUUCAAAUUUUUCGAAUUUUCGAAAAAUGUUCGAAACCGAGGUCUCUUAUCGCAUCUUUCUGACGACGAUUUAUGUGAGUUUGCCUUCGAAAAAGUUCCUUGAUCUCCUUGAUCAUUCUAGCAGCUAUGAUAGUGUUUAAGGAAAAAUUGAAUCAGUUAAAUUUGACCAGUAAACUAUUUUGUUCAAAAAAAAAAAACAGGGGCUAAAAUUUUAUAGUUUCCCAUUACGAUAAUCACACAGUUCAUAUGAGACCAACCAAAUUUUCUCGCACACUCAAAUCCGAAGUUUUUUGAAUUAAAAAUUCACAGAUCAAACAACGCGACUCACUUUCUUAAAAACUUAAAGUUCAUUGCAGAUAGUACCAAUCUACACGUUCAUAGCUCCACUGAUAAUGCAAAAUAUCCUGAGCCGAGGAGCUCAGAUGCGACGUCAGAAACUUAAUGAAGUCCGAGUUGUGUCGCGAAACCCUAACGACGUCUACUUCAACUUGUACAGCAACAUGUGGACCAAAACCUGA